AUGCAAAGUGACAAGUACACCAUAUUGGCAGAUAACUCUAAUAUCGAAAAGCCGAUAUUAGACGACCGUUCGUACCGAUUAGUCAAAUUAAAUUCGAAUGACUUACAUGUUCUUAUAAUCAAUGACUCCUCCACCGAUAAAGCUGCUGCUUCUUUAGACGUUAACGUGGGAUCCUUUGCUGAUAAAAACUAUCAAGUCCCGGGGUUGGCGCAUUUCUGUGAGCAUUUGUUGUUCAUGGGUACUAGCAAAUAUCCCGAAGAGAACGAAUAUUCGAGUUAUCUUUCGAAGCAUUCGGGGCAUUCGAAUGCAUACACGGCUGCUGAACAUACCAACUAUUAUUUUGAGUUGAGUUCUGACUAUUUGGAGGGGGCGUUGGAUCGAUUCUCUCAGUUUUUCAUCAGCCCGUUAUUCAGCCAGUCCUGUAAGGACCGUGAAAUAAAGGCUGUGGAUUCAGAAAAUAAGAAGAAUUUGCAAAAUGAUAUGUGGAGAUUCUAUCAAUUGGAUAAACUGACAAGUAAUCCGCAACACCCAUAUAAUGGGUUUUCUACGGGAAAUUAUAAGACGUUGCAUGAAGAUCCAACUAGCCAAGGGUUAAAUGUGAGAGACAUAUUGCUUGACUUUUACAAAAACCACUACUCUUCAAACUUAAUGAGCUUAGUCAUCUUGGGGAAAGAAGAUUUGGACACAUUAACGUCUUGGGCGAUCGAAAAGUUUUCGGAAGUUCCUAACAGUAACUUGCCUAGGCCAAGCUACAAUGGGGAGUUGAUUUAUAAUCCUGAUCAUCUUGGAAAAAUUAUAAAAGCAAAGCCAAUAAUGGAUUCUGAUAAAUUGGAGUUGAGUUUUAUGAUCCCUAGUGACCAAGAGGCAAACUGGGAUAGUAAGCCAGCUAGUUAUUAUUCUCAUUUAUUAGGACACGAAAGUUCUGGAUCCAUCUUACACUAUUUAAAGCAGAAGGGCUGGGUCAAUGAGCUAUCCGCAGGUAAUAUGAAAGUCUGUCAAGGAAACUCAAUCUUCGUGCUUGAAUUUGAUUUAACUCCAAAUGGUUUAAAAAACUGGGAAACAAUUGUCGUCAAUGUAUUCGAAUAUUUGAAGUUAAUUUUAAAUGAGGAACCAAAGUUAUGGUUAUGGGAAGAAUUGAGCAACAUGUCUACUGUUAAUUUCAAAUUCAAACAAAAACAAAGAGCCGCUCAAACAGUUUCUAAAAUGAGUAACUCUCUCUAUAAAUUUACCGAAAGUGCAUAUAUUCCACCCCAAUAUUUAUUAAGCUCUUCCAUUUUGAGGGAGUUUAGAAGUCAAGAAAUUAAAGAAUACGGCUCAUAUUUAAAUCCAAACAACUUCCGUAUUUUGUUGACAUCCCAGUCACUACCAGACUUAGAUAAAUCCGAGCUCUGGUAUGGAACUCAGUACUCGUAUGACUCUUUAUCAAAUAGCUUGAAGGAAGGCAUUCAAAGUGCUAGAACAAAUGAAAAUUUCCAUUACCCUAUUCCAAACGAAUUCAUACCCGAAGAUUUUACUGUUUCAAAGACUAAACUGGAAACUCCAUUACCUCAUCCUUAUUUGAUUGAAGAUAAUAAUAAAUUUCAAGUUUGGUAUAAACAAGAUGAUCAAUUUCAAAUUCCCAAGGGAGCGAUCGAAAUUGUAUUACAUUUAGCAAAUGCAAACACUUCUUGCAAAUCAUCAAUUUACACUAUGCUUCUCAGCCAGUUGAUUGAUGAUGAAUUAAAUGAGAUCGUUUAUUAUGCAUCUUUGGUAGGUAUAUCGUUUACAAUCAAUCAUUGGCGUGAUGGUUUGUUAAUAAGAGUAAGCGGUUACAAUGAUAAAUUACCUGUCUUGUUAGAACAAAUUCUACAAAAGCUUAUUUCCUUUAAACCUAAAAGAGACAGAUUUGAAGUUUUCAAAUUUAAACUAAAUCAGGAAUUCAAAAAUUUUGGAUUUGAGGUUCCUUACUCGCAGAUUGGCACUCACUUUUUAACAUUACUCAAUGAUAAAACGUAUACUUACGAUUUAAAAAUCGAUACUUUAAACAAGGAAAUAAAUUUCGAUGAAUUACUUGAAUUUUCUACUGAAAAAAUCUGGGAUCAGGGUGUAUUUGGAGAGGUAUUAAUCCAUGGUAACUUUAACGACUCCAAAGCGUACGAUAUUUCAAGGGUCGUCCAAAGUUACUUUACUAAGUUCAAAACAAUCCGCGAUAACCAGGAUGAAAUUAAUGAAGUGGUAAAACUUAAAACUCACAUUGUUCCACCUAACCAAAGAAUUAGGUAUGAAGUAGCAUUACAAGAUAAAAAUAACAUCAAUUCGUGUAUCGAAUAUUUUAUUCAAAUAAGCGAUUCAUUUAAUGAUGUUCGCUUAAGAGUUUUAACUGAUUUAUUAGGAACAGUUAUUCACGAGCCUUGCUUUUCUCAAUUGAGAACAAAAGAACAAUUGGGGUAUGUUGUAUUUUCAGGUACCAGGUUAACCAGAACUACUUUGGGUUUUAGAAUUUUAGUACAAUCAGAGAGAUCUUCUGAAUAUCUUGAAUACAGAAUUGAAGAAUUUUUAAAGCAAUUCGAUAAAUUUAUAAAGAAUGAUCUUACUGAUGAAAACUUCGCAAAAUUCAAACAAGCAUUGAAGGAUAAAAAAUUGACUAAAUUAAAAAACUUAAGUGAAGAAGUCAGUAAGUUUUGGAAUUCUAUUAUUAGCGGAUAUUACGAUUUCCAAGAGAGAGAAAAGCACGUUAAAGUGCUUGAAACCAUCACCAAGGAUGACUUCAUCAAUUUCUACAAUGAUUAUAUUUCUUCAGAUUCUAAUGUUUCUUCUAGAAUUAUUGUUCAUUUGAAAUCUCCUAGUGUACCUGAGCUUAGCAGACUGAAGUUAUUACACAGUUCCAUUAAUAAUUUUAUUUAUCGUAAUAAUUUUAGUAUCAGCUCUGACAUAUUGGAUUCUUUAAUUGAAACAAACGGGGAUGAUAUAAACAAGCUUGUGGGUGUAUUGGCCGAUUCAAUUGGAGAUAACAAGGAGAACAAACUUUCUAAUAAAGAUAACUUGAAAGCCAAGUUAUCUGAAACAAUUACGAGGGAACUUUCGACUCCCGUACCACCUCAGUAUCCAUCCGGUAAAUUAGUUGAAAAUGUUGACCAAUUUAAAUCAACAUACCCAACUGGUGAUAUUCCUAGACCCGUUGAACCACUUUCAAAUUUCUAUUACUCUAAGCAUUCUGAAGAUCAUGCCCAUUUAUAA